GAGAAUGCAAUUGAUGGGGCAAAUAAAAGAAAAACAAAAAACAAAAAAGAAGUGUGUUUGGAUUCAUGCUAAUAUUGAAACAGCCUCUUUCCAUAUUUCUGCAAGUCUAGAUUUCAACUCCCAAACAGAUCAUAAGUCAUCUAGAUCUUGCUCCUGUCUGAAAUCAGUUAGCCGUAUGUUUAUAAGUAGCAACUCAAAACCCACGUUGCUUCUGCUGUAAUCCACUCUUCGAUUCAUUUACAAGCACACCCAUCUUCAAAUCUCAUCGCAUUUCUUGAUUUACAGGUACGUGGGGAUUUUUGGUGAAUGAGAUGGGGAGAGUGAAGAGAGAGGCAAUUGUAGCAUGUAUGACAUGUCCUCUUUGCAAGAACAUUCUCAGAGAUGCCACUACAAUUUCCGAAUGUCUACAUACGUUUUGCAGAAAAUGUAUCUGCAAUAAACUUUCUGAAGAGGAACUAGAAUGCUGUCCUAUAUGCAAAAUUGAUUUGGGUUGUGUGCCAGAGGAGAAGCUGAGGCCAGAUCAUAUUUUGCAAGAUUUAAGAGCAAAGAUCUUUCCUUACAAAAGAAGAAAGUUGGAUCCACCUGAAGCUAUUUCUUCCAUUGCAUUACCUGAAAGAAGAAAGGAAAGGUCACUCUCUUCAUUGGUAGUCAACACUCCUAAAGUUUCACCAAAGACUGCACUGACUGGGAAAAGAUCAAAAGCAACUGCUAGAAAGUCGCUGAGAGGUUCUAGUUUUUCAGUUCAGAAACAUGUUAAGAAAGAGGAAGAUUAUGAAAGUGAUUCAGAGAGCUUUAACUCACGCGAGACACUGACCAAGUUCUCUCAGACCAUAAGGCAGAAUUUUUCAAAUGGUGAACCGUCUAGUCAUUCUAUACCAAAUAUAGGAACAGACAGUGGUGCUAGCACAGGGGAGGGGAAAGCUGAUCUAUGGAAGCCUCUGAACUUCCUGGUAGAAGUUGCAAAUAGGAGUAAAUCCUCAAAGUCUACCUCACAAGAACCUGCAUCCAAAUCAGAACCUACAAAUGUUGCGAAGACUAAAGGACUUUCUUUUAGAAAUAAACGGAAAACCAAAGAUAAAAGGAAUAGCACCGGUUUAAAUCCUCCUGAAUCUGAAAGACAGAAUUUGUUAAGUUUGGGUCAAAAAAAGGCAGAUACUUCUGGAAAAUCAAACGUUUCUCUGCAGGCUGUGUUAGAUGCUAACAGCAUCAGGCAUGACAGAAGAUUAAGUCCAGUUUGGUGCUCAUUAGUGGCUUCUAAAGACCUGGAAGACUAUAGGUCCUUGCCCCAGAUACCUGCAAGUUUCUUGAGAAUAAAGGAUGGAAGCACAUCUGUUUCCUUUAUACAGAAAUACCUGAUGAGGAAACUAGACCUUCCAAGUGAAGACGAAGUUGAGAUAAGAUGCAGGGGAGAGCCAGUUAUCCCCACAUUGCAACUGUAUAAACUGAUUGAACUGUGGCUACAGACAGUAUCAACAUCCGAAAAAAUAUCUGCAACAAUUGGGUCCUCUGCUGAGGAAUUUGUGAUGGUCUUAGGAUAUGCUCGCAAACCUGCAUCUGCAUGAGCCUACUGCCUAUAUAUAGCAAUGAUAUUCUCCAAAGCCAGUAAAAUUAUGAUGCGCACUGCUAUUGCAGUCUCUGCUGAGUUUUUUUUUCUAAUUUUUUUCCGGGGGUCUGUUCCAUUAUAUUUUCACCUUGCAUCAUACUCAGCUGGGAGGGGAGAGGAAUUGAUUUCAUUUAAUUUUCAUUGAGCACCAUAUCCAGCUGGGGAUUUCUUGGGGGUGGGGGGGAUUGGUUCCAUUUUUUUUUUUUGUUGACCAUAUUCAGCUGUUGUAACUUAUUUAUGUUUGUAUUUUGUAGUAUUUCUGCCCUUUCUCACUGCAUUUUUUGGAUAUUUCAAUGUGUUUUCACAUUAAUUUCAUAAUGUAAUAUAUAUAUACAUGCAUACAGUGAUUACUGGCA